AUGCGUCAUCGUUCAGAUUCUUUGGCUUGGAAGCACAUAGACCAUAGGUUUCCCGCAUUGGAUUUAGAUUCGCGUAAUCUGCGUCUUGGGAUUGCUGCUAAUGGAUUCAAUCCGUUUGGCGAUCCUUCCGCAACCCACAGCUGUUGGCCGGUGAUGAUCGCGAUUUAUAAUUUGCAGCCCCAAGCGUGUAUGCAAGCUGAAAACAUUAUUCUGAGCAUGAUGAUUCCAGGAAAAAAGAAACCCGGCUUAUUGAUGUGGACAAUUAAUGAUUUCCCUGCAUAUGGAAAUCUAUCUGGAUGUACAUAUAAAGGGAAAGCAGCCUGUCCUCUUUGUGGUGAUAAUACUCUUAGUGUCUGGUUGCCAUUUAGUCGUAAAACUGUAUACAUGAAUCGUAGGAGAUUUCUUCGUGAUAAUCAUCCUUUUCGGCAGAAAAAAGACAUGUUUAAUGGAGAAAUUGAGAGGAGAGAAAAACCACCUGUUAUGUCUGGUGCUGAGUUCAAAACAAAAGAUGGUUUGAAUUCCCGUAAUGAUCUGAAGAGUAUGGGAAUACGACCAGAAUUGCAUCCAGAAGUGAUAAAUGGCAAAACAAUUCUUCGAGCAGCACCAUACAGCUUAAGCCACAAGAAUAAGGCUAUACUUUAUAAUAGGAUGAGAAAUAUGAAGGUUCCAUAUGGGUAUAUUUCGGAUCUUAGGAAGCAUUUCUCGAAAGAUGGUUGCUUAGGUGUCCUUAAGGCUCAUGAUUACCAUGUUCUUAUGCAACAAAUAUUACAUGUAGCUUUGAGGGGACUUUUACCUGAGGGGCCAAGUAAGGCGAUUUUCAGAAUGCAUAUGGAUGAGUUAAAAUCUUUCGUUGGUAGGUCUGUUACCAAUGAAGACCAGCUCAUUUCCAUGCAGUCAGAAACAUUCGCAGAUUGGUUUAAAAAAAAGGUUUAUAUGCAAAUGGAACAAGGAAUGUCAUUAUCAAACACGGUAGAGUGGUUGUCAAAAGGGCUUUUAGAAAACUGCGUGUCAUAUAAAGGCUUGCUUAUCAACUGGUCUAGGUUUCUUACGAAGGAUGUUCAAAGAGUCACACAAAACAAUGGUGUCUCAAUUGAAUCAAAAACUUUAGUUGCAGGACGAUCAGAAACCACUGGUUUCUAUGGUGUUUUAGAAGAAAUUCUGGUGUUGGACUACAUUACCCUUCAAGUUCCCAUAUUCAAAUGUGACUGGGCUCACACCUAUUUUGGUGUGAAGGUAGAGAAAGGAUUCACAUUAGUCAACUUAAAGCAGCAUAAGAACCAAUUUCGUAACGACCCGUUCAUUUUAGCAUCACAAGCGCGACAAGUUUUUUAUUCUCGAGAGUCAGAUAUAUCUAACUGGUAUGUGAUGAUAAAACCACCACCUAGGGGUUUCCAUGAAUUAGAGGUAUACAAUGAAAACGAUGACACAAGUUCCCAACCUGUGGAUACUUCAACUCUUGGAUUACAAAUGGGUGGCGAGAGCGAGAGUUACGUAAGAGAAGAUACUGAAUUUGUCGUAGUGGUUCCGAGAAAGAAGAAGAACAAUAGGAAGAAGAAAAAGUUCACAUGUUAG